AUGCUUCGCUUUCAGAGAAGGCUGAUCUAUUUGAAUGCUGAGUUAGCUCAAAAGCUUGUCGGGGCUCCUAAACUUUCGGUGGUCGUGGUCGGAGGAGGACACGCAGGGUGUGAGGCAGCCACCGGUCUGGCUCGACUGGGGGCUUCAACGACGUUAAUCACUCCCGAUAUUACCAAGAUCGGUACCGCCUCAUGUAACCCAAGCAUGGGCGGAGUGGGUAAAGGCACACUUUUGCGAGAGGUCGAUGCGUUAGAUGGGGUGGCAGCCAAAGUGACUGACAAAGCUGGUAUUCAUUUCAAAAUUUUGAAUGCAUCUAAAGGCCCGGCAGUUCAUGGUCCGCGGGCUCAAAUUGACCGUAAGAUCUAUUUGAAGGAAAUGCAGGAUGUGAUCAUGAACUACCCCAAUUUGCUGGUGCUUGAGGCUUCAGUGGAGGAUGUUAUUAUUGAGAACAUGCAACUGAACGAUACGGACGGGCGGAAUAAGGGUAAAGUUCGUGGUAUUCUUCUCGGUAAUGGCGAUGUCGUGGCUUGUGAACAAGUAGUGCUUACUACAGGAACAUUUUUAGGUGGUGAGAUACAUAUUGGGUUGAAGGCGUUUCCUUCAGGGAGAAUGGGCGAAGACGCGACGUUUGGCUUGAGCAAAACUUUACGUGAAGCAGGGUUUAGACUUGGACGCCUCAAAACGGGAACACCAUGUCGACUUGACGCCAGAACUAUUGACUACACCAACUUAGCCCCACAACCAUCAGAUAACCCACCGCAGCCAAUGUCUUACCUCAAUGAUGAGGUGGCGCUCAAAGAUCAACUCGUUCAGUGCCACAUGACAUAUACCACUCCAGCAUUUCACAAGCUUAUCGCUGACAAUUUAGAUAAACUGAUCCACAUUCGUGAAACGGUUAAGGGCCCCCGCUAUUGCCCCUCGAUCGAAUCAAAGAUUAUCAAGUUUCCGCAAAAAACUUCUCAUCAUGUGUGGCUUGAGCCUGAGGGGCUAGACACUCAUUUAGUCUAUCCGAACGGCAUUCUGUGUACCAUGCCUGAAGACAUUCAAGAACAGGUUGUAAGGUUGAUGCCCGGUUGUGAGAAUGUCAUUAUGGUACAACCUGGCUAUGGCGUUGAAUACGAUUACGUCGACCCCCGUGAACUUAAACAGUCUCUUGAAACUAAACUUGUUGAUGGGCUUUUCUUUGCCGGACAGAUCAAUGGUACUACUGGUUAUGAAGAAGCGGCGUCUCAAGGAUGUAUAGCUGGGAUAAAUGCUGGUUUAGCACAUCUCAACCGUCCGCAGCUUCACCUCUCGCGAGCCGAUGGUUAUAUCGGCGUACUUAUCGAUGAUCUCAUCACUAAAGGUGUGGAGGAACCAUAUCGAAUGUUUACGCUGCGCAGUGAAUUUCGCAUACUGAUUCGUUCGGACAAUGCCGACCAGCGGUUGACGGCUAAAGGGUACGAGCAUGGCGUGGUUAGCCAGGAGCGUAUGGAUCGCUAUACUCGUGAAAUGGACGUCUUCUGCGCUAUAAAAGAUCAUUUGAAGCUGAUAAGACUUCUGGGGGCUAAGUGGGCGCCGGCGCUCAAUGGACUCUACCUGGACGUAGCGCCUGCCACUACAGUAGACGGAUGGAAGCUUCUACUGUACCGUGGUAUGUCGUUUGCCAAUAUGUUGCCUCAUAUGGAAAAGUUUAGUCAAGGGAAUGUUCCUGGUGAGUAUCAAGAUCUCAACGACAGGUUGAUUAACCGCAUUAAUGUCGAGGCAAGCUACGAGCCGUGGCUCAAAAAAGAAGAAGCCCAUUUGAAGGCUUACGCUGCAGAUGAAAAUUUGCUUUUGCCUAUCAACUACAAUUACACGAAUGAAGGUAAUCUUAAAAUUUCUUAUGAAGUGUGUCACUUGCUCAACACUAUUCAGCCGCGAACGAUUGGCCACGCUCGCCGGAUACAAGGUGUCACCCCAGCUGCAAUUUUUGAACUUUUUAAGUUGGUGAAAAAUCAGCAGGAUUUCUUAAGAAAUCAACAUGUAAAUAGCACUUAA